AUGUCUAGAGCUUUAUCAUCGACUAAUGUGUUAAUAGAAGGUGAAAUCAUACCAGCUACAAUUAUAUUCUCAAUUGAAUCAGGUAAAAUUUUAAAUAUUAUCAAAAAAAUUUUACCAUCGGGAGAUUCCGUACUUCAAAUUUACAAUGUUUUACCAAUAGAUUAUAGAAAUGUUACUCCUGCAAUUAUAAUGCCUGGUUUAAUUGAUGCUCAUGUUCAUUUAAAUGAACCGGGUAGAACAGAAUGGGAAGGUUUUGAAACUGGAACAAAAGCAGCUGCAUUUGGAGGUGUUACCACUGUUAUUGAUAUGCCAUUAAAUGCAAUACCACCAACUACAACUAUUUCAAAUUUUAAUUUAAAAAUUCAUGCUGCUAAAAAACAAUGUUGGGUUGACGUGGGAUUUUGGGGUGGUUUGAUACCUGAUAAUUCUGAUCAUUUAAUUCCAUUGAUAAGAAUGGGUGUACGCGGAUUUAAAAGUUUUUUAAUUGAAAGUGGUGUUGAUGAAUUUCCUGCAAUCACAGUUGAAGAUAUAAAGAAAGCGAUGAAGAUUGUAAAAGGUGAAAAGACAAUGUUGAUGUUUCAUGCUGAAAUGCAACCAAAAACAUUCACAUUGGAAAGUUCAAGUUCUCCAGAAACAGAACCAGAGACAAUAAACAAUGAUAAACUUGAAAUUGUUGAAGAAGAAUUUAAUGAUAUAGAUCUUGUUAUGAGUCCAUCUUUCAUUAACCGUGCACCUAAUACAAUUGUUAAAUUAUUUUCAAAUGAUAAAGGGGAUCAUUUACAUGAACACAAAAAUUGUCAUUUACCUCAUGAUCAUGCUGGUUCAAUAGAUCAUUCAGUAUUAUCAGACGAACAAGCAAGAGCAUUAGCUAACACUCCAAUAUUGGCAGGUUCAGAACCAUUAUAUGGUAAAUAUGCAUUUAAAGCAAAUCAUAAACAAGGUAAAAUAAACACACCAUUAAAUUUAGCAGCUGAAGAAGAUAAAAGAUUAGCUGAUAUUGAUCCAACAUCAUAUGCAUCAUUUUUAGCGUCAAGACCAGAUAAUUUUGAAACUACAGCAAUUGCAGAAAUUAUAAAUUGUUCAAUUUUGGAACCUUCAGUCCCAUUACAUAUUGUUCACUUAGCUACACAUGAAGCAAUACCUUUGAUAAGAGCUGCAAAAUCUAAAGGUUUACCAAUUACAGCUGAGACUUGUUUCCAUUAUUUAUCAUUAUCAGCAGAAAAGAUUUCAAACUGUCAUACACAUUUCAAAUGUUGUCCACCAAUAAGAACAGAAGAUAAUAGACAACUAUUAUGGCAAGGAUUAAGAAAUGAUAUAAUUACAACUGUUGUUUCUGAUCAUUCACCAUGUACACCGGAUCUAAAAGGUAUGGAAAAAGGUGAUUUCUUUGAAGCUUGGGGUGGUAUAUCAUCAGUUGGAUUUGGUUUGCCUAUAUUAUAUACAGAAGGUAUGAAAUUAAAUCCACCAAUUAGUUUAAUUGAAAUAAAUAAAUGGUGUUCAAUAAAUACGGCAAAACAAGUUGGUAUAGAACAUAAAAAAGGUGAAAUCAAAUUAGGUUAUGAUGCUGAUUUGUUAAUAUUUGAUCCUUCAAUUAAAUAUAUUGUUGAAAAUAAAGAUUUAUAUUUUAAAAAUAAAUUAACAGCUUAUAAUGGAAUGGAAUUUCAAGGUAGAGUGUUGGAAACUAUAGUUAGAGGUCAUAGUGUAUAUGCAUUUGGUAAGGGACAUUCAGAUCUUCCAAGGGGAAAGUUGAUAUUAGAACCAAGAUCAUAG